UCCGCUCGCUGGUUCCCGGAUGUCCGCUUGUUGCCCUGCGGCUGUCUGAACCUCUGUCUCCCCCUCCAAAGCCUCCGGAGCUCCAGGCCAGCAUGGCUGCGGGAGUCGCAGCCUGGAUGCCGUUCGCCCGCGCCGCGGCCGUCGGCUGGAUGCCGGUGGCCAGCGCGCCCAUGCCGGCGCCUCCGCAGGAGAAGCAGCGCGGCCGGGACGGGCUGAUCGUGCUGAACGUCAGUGGCACAAAGUUCCAGACGUGGCGGGACACGCUGGAGCGCUAUCCGGACACCCUGCUGGGCAGCUCGGAGAGGGACUUCUUCUUCCACGAGGAGCGCAACGAGUUCUUCUUCGACCGCGACCCGGACAUCUUCCGCCAUGUCCUGAACUUCUACCGCACCGGAAAGCUGCACUACCCGCGCCAGGAGUGCAUCUCCGCCUAUGACGAGGAGCUGGCCUUCUUCGGCAUCGUCCCGGAGAUAAUCGGAGACUGCUGCUACGAGGACUACAAGGACCGGCGGCGGGAGAACCAGGAGCGCAUCCAGGACGACGAGGAGAGCGAGCAGAGCAGCGACCUGAUGCCCGCGGAUGCCAACUUCCGGGAGACCAUGUGGCGCGCCUUCGAGAACCCGCACACCUCCACCAUGGCGCUGGUCUUCUACUACGUCACCGGCUUCUUCAUCGCCGUGUCUGUCAUGGCCAACGUGGUGGAGACGGUGCCGUGCGGCGCCGCACCGAACCGCGUCAAGGUGCUGUCCUGCGGGGAGCGCUACGCGCUGGCCUUCUUCUGCCUGGACACAGCGUGCGUCAUGAUCUUCACGGUGGAGUACCUGCUGCGCCUCCUGGCGGCGCCCAGCCGCUACAGGUUCGCAAAGAGCGUGAUGAGCGUCAUCGACGUGGUGGCCAUCAUGCCCUACUACAUCGGCCUGGUCAUGACGGACAACGAGGACGUGAGCGGCGCCUUCGUCACCCUGCGGGUCUUCCGCGUUUUUCGGAUCUUCAAGUUCUCGCGGCACUCUGCGGGACUUCGCAUCCUGGGCUACACGCUGAAGAGCUGCGCGUCGGAGCUGGGCUUCCUGCUCUUCUCCCUCACCAUGGCCAUCAUCAUCUUCGCCACCGUCAUGUUCUACGCUGAGAAGGGCUCCGGCAGCAAGUUCACCAGCAUCCCGGCAGCCUUCUGGUACACCAUCGUUACCAUGACAACGCUGGGAUACGGCGACAUGGUCCCAAAGACCAUCAUGGGGAAGAUCUUCGGCUCCAUCUGCUCCCUGAGCGGCGUGCUGGUCAUCGCCCUGCCCGUCCCCGUCAUCGUGUCCAACUUCAGCCGCAUCUACCACCAGAGCCAGAGAGCCGAGAAGAGGCGAGCGCAAAAGGCAUCCAAAGAAGCAGGCCAGGCGCUGGUGUGUAAGAUCAACCCCAACUUUGAGCUGCAGCAUCACCACCUGCUCAACUGCCUGGAGAAAACCACGAACCACCAGUUUGUGGACGAAAAGUUGUUUGAGUGGAGCUGCAGGGACCUCAGUCCGGUAAAGCAGCUGUCUUCAUCUUCCUCCAUCUCCUCAUCCUCACCUCAUGGUUUCUCCUGCUGUGGCCGCAAGAUAAGGAAGACCUUCAACAUCCCCAACUCCACCAUGUCUCUGGGUCUGCGGGGCAGCGUCCAGGAGCUGAGCACCAUCCAGAUCAGGGAGCGGCCGAUCACCAAGAGUCGAUCCAGUCUGAACGCCACGUUUGAAGAGACGCUCCCUCUGAACUGUGAGCCGCCGUACCUUUCCCCGGCUGUCGUCAGCAUUUCCACACCUAACACCAGUCCAGACGGAGACCGGUCCUCCGGUUCUCCCGACCACUGCCAGGCCAACAUCGUUGGGGUUUCUGCUCUGUAGAGUUCAGCCGGCCGAGGGGCUGACAGCAGGAGGACCGUCUUCAACUGAAACACUAACUACGCUGCGUUCCAGGUCUGGCCACAUCUGCAGGAGUCUGGGGAAUCUUCAGCACAAACACUGGAAUCCAGUUAGGAACAAACCAAGCAGAGGCUGCAGACAUGCUGGUUCCUCUGGUUCUACUAGGUUGGAGGCCAUAUUACUGAGCCACUCAGGGUUUCCAGUGAUUUUACUGGACCACUUAGGGUCAUGACCCAACGUUAACCUAAGGAACCCCAAAAUAACCAAACAUCUUCUUGUUCACCACUGAAAACAUCUCCAGCCCUCUGCUACGACUUCUUCCACUAGCUUUUGUUCUUAACAGUGUUUCUCAUUUCCGGUCCUCAGGCCCCCUGCCCUGCAUGUUUGAGGUGUUUCCCUUCUGCCACACACCUGGAUUACAUUUUUUGUGAUUAACAAGCUUCUGCAGUUCUUGAUGGUCAUGCAGUCAUUUGAAUCAGCUGUUCUGGAGUAGAGGCUCAUCUAAAACAUGCAGAGCUGGAGGCUGAGGACUGGAUUUGAGAAGCUCUGUCUUAACCAAAGAACAGAGCGAGCAGUGAGCCGCUUUUAAAGACUGGAAACUUCAGCCAGCUCACCACCAGGGGGCAGCAUAACAGAGGAAAACUACAGCCGAGUUUCCGUCAGUGAAUGAGCUGACCGAGCAGCCGUCUGCUGCAACCCAGGUUUUAAAUGUGGUUGCUAUGUGAGACGACAUGAUGGGCAGUUUGUGGUGCUUAGCAGAGAAAUUGAUUUGCUGUGAUGUCUUUAUUUGGAGACUAUUAUUAUGUAAUCUUUCUGCCUAUGCAUGCUAAUGUUGAGUCUCCUGAACUAGCGCUGGGAUUUACAGCAUGCUCCUGAACGGCACAUCUGGGAGGAAAAGGGCCGAGAGGAUUAUUGUCCUUUGUUGUUUAUUAGAAUAAAACUGAAGAGAAAUGUAAAAAAUUUUGUGGAAACGGCCUGUUAGCCGCUAGUUUAGCGCACAGCUAGCUUCUAGCUUAGAGGACGGCGGCUGUUAGCAGCUAUCAGUUAGCUCAGAGUCUCUAGUUCAAGGUUAUUUAAUUCAUUCUUUUCUGAUUUUAUUUUCUAAGUUACCUUCUUGCUGCCUGUUGCUGUCCAGGUUCAGUCUGGUUCUGCAGAACGGACCUGCAGUGUGACCGGCUUGACCCCUGACCCAAAGAGCAUGCUCUGUUACUUUUCCUGGAUGGGUGGGAUCCCUCUGCAUGGAUGUGGUGAAGGCCGGUCCAAACGGGCCUGGCUCCUGUCAGAACCGACCUUUUCUCUCUGCUGUACAGAAACUGUUUGUACAAACGGUGAUGUGUAAAGGUUCUGGUCCAUUCUUGGUUCUAAUGGUCUGAUCCAGUGACCAGAACAAGAGGCUUCCAGAACCGAACCGAAAUGAUUCAGAUGUCAUUGGAACAUCAGUUCAAUCUGAACAUUCUGGGACCAUUUUCUCAUUUUACUCAUUUAGAAACAAUGAAUUAUUAACAGCUUUUCCAAAAAACACUUUUCAAAGCACAGAAAGAUUAUUUAUCUGAUGUUCCAGACCAAACUCAGCAGAACGGUUUCUAAACGCGGUUCUGGUCACGGGUCCAGUCUGAUGCCAACAUCAACCUGUGGUCUGCUCAACUUUCUGGAUUCACCAGGACUUGUGGAUAAAUCACUGAUCAUCAUCUCCAUAAACAUGGACGUUUAUACUGAAAUGAUUAUUUAUGAAUGAAAUACUAAUUAAAAAGUGGAAGCAUUUAAAUGUAGAAAAGAAAAUGCAGCCAAACAUUGAGCCCUGUGAUGCUCCGUGUCAGAAACAUGAGGUGCCGUUUGUAAAGUUGGCCUCUUAUCAGACAAAAACGGAGUUUGACUUUUUAUAGUCAUAUUUCCACCAUUAUUUAUUUAUAUGCUACAGUUUGAAACUAAUGUUUAAUUAGCAAGUUUUACUUUUCUAAUGUCAUUAACUGUAACUUUACAGAUGUUUCCUCAGAAACAUUCUGAUCUUCCACAUCUGUCGCUUCUUCCAGUUUUAUUGAGAACGAUGCUGAGCUGUUCCACAGGUUUCAUUACAAAAACUACACAGCCCAUGAUGCAGCGGGGCUAACUGUCCUCCUCACUUCCUGCCUGGAUGCUGCGUCCCACUGAGGAAACAGGCUGGAAUAUUUCCGUCCAUAUGAGUCAUUCUGUCGUUACUAAUGUUUUUAGUAACUCCUGAUGAUGAUGAUGAUGAUGAUGAUGAUGAUGAUGAUGAUGAUGAUGACCAGGCUGAGGAUGGAACCUCUUUGCAUCACUUCCUGGUUUCGGAGCAUGAAGUGAUGAUGAUGAUCCAGCCUUCAUCCUGUGGUUCUGGUUGGCCGGAUAGAUUCAGUGAAACAUCAAACAUCUCGUCGUUUCUGGUUCUUCCAGCCUGUGAUGAUAUGAAGCUUUCCGUUCCACAGGAUAUUGUCAUGCAUGUGAUUAUUAUCUAUUCAAUAAAGACCAUUAUGAUCACC